UGUCCCUCUCCGUACCUGGAGAGAAUCUUCCCUUCCAUCCACUGCCCCACCCCAUGGGCUCCUCGCACCUUCCUUCCUUCCCUCUUCAUCCUUGCAAAUGCUGACGAGGAGAAGAAUAUCAGUGACCACGUAUGUGCCCAGCACAUACUAAGGGCCACACAAUUGGCAGCAUUUCCAUAAUGGCAUGCCCUCCUCACAGUGAACUCUGUGCGGCAGGUAACUUGUCUUUGAUUGAAGUGCGGGGACUGAGGAUCAGAGAGGCUGAGUGACUUUCCCAGAGUCCCACAGCUAGUAGCAGGAAGAGAUGGGGCUUGAAGCCAGGCCAGUUUGCCCAACUCGUGGAACACAGGCCUCGGGAUCUUGCCCGGAUCCCCAACUCCCCUGCCCUGUGUCUUGCUGCCACAUCCAGGAGGCACGAUGCCAAGUCUGGAUAAAUUUAACUCGGGCUCCUCCUCUGCGCUUACACCCAGAUGGAGGCACAGUGCUGGAGACAAUCCCAUCACUUUGUUGAUUAGUCCCACUGGAAAGUCAAAGUUUCCAACCUCAGUGGGGCCCUCGGCUCGGCCAAACCAUCCCCCAGGGACUGUCCUGACGACAGCCCCGGCAAGCCUUGCUCCACCACCCUGUGCAGGCAGACUGUCUGGCUUAGAGUGCUGCCUCGGCCACUUCCCCGCUCCAUAGCAUGCCGGCCUUUAAGGAAGGGUGAGGCGGAGCCGGGCUGAGGGGAAGGGGCAGUUACACGGUUGAACGAGCGGAGGGUCUUCUGGGUAGCAGCCUCUGUGCCAGGUGCUUUGCAUGCACCAGCUCCUUACCCCUUCCCAGCAGUGCUGCAAGACAUGCCACUAUCGCUUUGUUUCACACUUGUGCUUUGCCAAAAGGCCCAGGAGUGAUCUAUUCUUUACCAUAGGAGGAGACCGAGGCAUGGCGAGGUUGCGUCACGCCCUAAGUGGACAGAGGUUGUCAGUGGAGAAGCCAUCUCCUCCUGUAGACAGCCUUUUUGCUCUACAUGGCUUCCUGCGACACAGUGCUGAGGGGUCUCCCUGUGCCUGCCUCCUGCCCUCCACUCUACCUUCCCUUCCGUUCCUGGGGCAGUCUUCUGAGAAUGCUCACCCCUCCCCCUGCUGCGCCCCUGCUCAGUGUUCAGAAUGAAAGAGAGAGCUCUUGGUGGGGGGGGGUGGUCCUGAGUUGGCCCCUCCUCCCUUCCUCACUGCAUGCACCGCUCCCUGUCUGUGAUCCAGCUCCAUGCCACAAGCUUUGGGCUGGGGGAUGACACCUUGCUUUCCUGGGGCUCCAUGCCUGUGGCAGUAUCCCACUCCCUCUUCUGUGCUUUGGCGCUUCCACAGCAUGAGGGCGUGGAUUCCAGUUUCCCACUAAUUCAUCUGGUUCCCCCCCCCCCGCCGCCCCCUUCAACAGGGAGCUGCUUGAGGGCAGGGGACGCUUCCUUAGUCAUCUCCAUCUUCUGCAGGGCAUGGCAGGAGCACUUGCUCACAUCCGUGUUUGUUGAAUGACUGACUGACGGCAUGAAUGGGGUGAAAGAGGGAAGGAAAAGUCCUCCCUUGGAAAGUUUAGUGACAUGAGCUGUAUGGUAUCUGGUUCUUGGCCGAAGCUGCUGCAGUUUUUCCCUAUGACUACAGUGCUGUAAAAAAUGUCUGCACGUGGAGAAAGACUGGAAGAGAACUUUCCACACAAAAUUAAGAGUUGUGUUAGAGUGGUGAGUUGAUGGAUGCUUUUUUUCCCCCUGUUUGCAAAAUGUUCUUUCGUGCUGCUUUCCGAAUGUUUUGGCAACGUAGCAGACGCUGUGGAAGUGCAAUGUGGGGCUCCCUGGGAGGAAUCGACAGCCAGUGUGUAUUGAUGCCCAGUGUACCCUGCUGGGUUCUGGGUGCUGUGGGCACAGGGAUGGGCAGAGGCGGGUCCUUCUGACUCAGGUUCACACGGCCAGGCAUCUGGCCAAUUUGGUUAGAUUUGCUGGAAUAAAAUGAGAACUUUCAAGAAUUUUCCAAACUCCUGGAUUGAGGUGUUUUUUUUUUUUUCUCUCUCUCUCUCUCCUAAAGCUGGGCAGCAAACAAAGAUGGCUUUUGUUUGCAGUAAAAUACUCCUUCCUUCCAUUUCGUCCUGUACAGUGACUUCUGCUGCGUGGGGGAAGGGGCGAGAGGCAGUCAGGUUUGCUGAGUGGGGAAACUGAUCGCCUGGGCUUGGUUGGUUCCACAGUGACCAAAAAAUGUUUCCGUUCUCUGGCUCCAGAAUCCAAUGUUUAGGAAUUACAUUGGCAAAACGCUGAAAUUGUUCUUUUACUGUGGCAGAAUUGCCAAAACUAUACCUUGUGUGAUAACUUAGCCCAGAAGAAGCCGGGGUGGGGGGGAGGGGGAAGCAGCAGUGCUCUCCAAGGUUCAGAGGAUGACUCUUCUGUUGGAGAUGCUGAAAUUGACGUUUCGAAAGGGUCACUUCCAGUCAUGAGCGUGGGAUUCAAAUCCAAGUUCAGCUGGCUCCUCAGGCAAGCUCUAACCACUUGCCAGCCCUGCCUCUAGGCUAGUCUGGCUGUGGUGGGAGAGAGGUUGAUGUGUACUUUAUGUAACAGGUACUUGGUGUUUAGCAUGCAUCAGGCACAGGAUACAUGCUUUGCAAACAUAAGGUCAUUUAAUUCUCGCAGACAACCCUGCGAGGAGGUUCUAGCGUUAAUAGCAGGCAACAGUUGCACAGGAAGGUGGAGGCACAGGAAAGGGUCGGUGAGUUACUCAGCGGCAGGCAGGCUAGCAUAUGGUGGAGCCAGAGUUGUAAUCUGGUGGUUGUGUUCUGGUGUCUACACAGCUCUGGCCAAGAAACGCUGACGACAUGGACCUCGCUUUUGUAAUUUUCUAACGGAUAUGUUGUCUGGGGAGUAUUUGCUAUGUUUUGCUCCCAGGCAUCAUGCGGGCUGGAGAAGAGGGAGGGUCACAUCCAGACCUCUGCCCGUGUCUAGCAAGAGCUGCCUAGAAGCAGGGGUGCCCCGUGAUUUGCUCUUGGCCGUACAGCCCCUGAGUUCGAAUCCUGGCCUGAUGCUUUCCGAGCUGAACCUCCAAAUCAGCAUCCUCGAUAAAGGAGAAGAGAGCUUUCUUCUAGUGCUCUCCUUUAACUUCCGGUGUUCAGUGUUCGGGGCUUCCCCUGUGCCUAGGCGCUGGGGUGGGGAAGUGAAGAAGGAAGGGCUUUUGGCAUGUCACCUCCAUUCAGGCACCAGCGCCUUUGGGAUCACGUCUUUCAAAGGCAAUUUGCUUGAGGUUACCAGGAACACAAAGAGUGCUCUUCCCUAGCCCACUCAUCUACCUAUCCCCCCGCCCCGCCCCCACCGACUCCCAGCACCCUGUCAUAUUCCCCAGAGCCAGGCCUAGACAAUGGCGGCCGCUCAGCGUGGAGGGAGGGGGAGCGAAGAGGCGGUAGGCCCAACCCACCAGCUUGAAAGCUUCAUUUGACAGAGGAGGAGGCACACAUCUGGUUUGGGUUUUCAAUUCAAUUCAACAAUGAUUUAUUGUAGGCCUGCCAGCUGCAGAGGUCCUGGGCUAGACUAGGCAGCGGGAGAUGCGAAGCUAAGUCACACAGUGUCUGUGCCCGGAAAGGAGUUUACUAGGUUGUAGGGUGUGUAGACCUCGACAGGGCACUUUCUGUUUUUCCUGUGAUAAGCCUGCUACUGAGUAGUUUACCUUGUGUGUCUGAUGCCUCUGAGCUUUCCCUACAGAUUCUGUGAUGGGCAGAGGGAAACGCUCAUAACCUCAUUGUGUAUACCAGGAAACUGGACCUCAGAGAGGAAGUGAGUGGCCCAAGGUCACAUAGUUAGGAAGUGACCAAGCCAUGUCGGCAACCUGCAUGCAUCUGGUUCCCGAGUCCCGGCUCAGAACCGGUGCGUUCCCCUGCUUCCCAGAGACAUUGCCGACCCUGUUGGCAGGUAACUCCCCCUGAGCCCUGGAAGCCCAGUCUUGUGCUGAGGGUACUGCAAGAGAUUGUCUCAUGGGCAACUCCCAGCAUCCCACCGAGGCUAGUUGUUGCUAUCCACUUUUCCACAAGAGAUGACUGAGGUCGCCUCUGGGGACCAGUGGAAGUGGGCUUGGAAAGGGGCUUAUUGCAGCCCACCAGCCUAUCACAUGGAGGAGGCAGACCCGGGGUGCCAUAAGGGCUCAGGGGGCAAAAGCAAUGGGUUGUGCCUAGUCAGGCUUCAUGGCACACGUGGCAUUUUGAUGGGCGUUUUGCCAGGUAGAGUGGGGAGACAGCACUCCUCAGUUAGAAGGGGGUGCUAUGAGCAAAGAGAUGACUUGUGGGGCACUUUGAGUGAAAGGUGGCAGAGGGCUCUGGGGGUAGGGGAAUGAGGCUAAGGGAACUGGAUACCCUUGAGGGUUUUCCACAUUUUUGUCAAGUUGAACUUCUUGUUUUCCAAGUAACGAUCAGACGCUCCACCCAAAAAGCUUUUCAAACUGAUACUGUCAUGCAACCCAUGAGCAAAUGUGCACCGGGACUCUCCCUGGUGUCCCUACGGCUGUGCUUUGAGAUCCGUGGGGGGAACCCGAAAGGAUACUUAAUUGCUCCCGGGUGUGGCUGGGGGAGACAAAGCUCCACCGGAAAGAGCAGCAGCCAAGCCCGGACAGUUUGUGAUCAGGGGCCAGAGGAGUUUUCCUGACUGUCAGAUUUCAAGGAACAGGAAGAUGAGGGCGGGUUGGCAGGGGCUGCAGAACAGAGGCUUCUCCUACAGGGUGCCUUUGCACUUUGACGCACAGGGGGCAAGGAAGACAGCCCUUCAGAGACUUGAAGACACUGUGUGACUCUCUCGUGAGUUAAGAGCACUGGCUGAGUCAGACAGACCCGAAUGACAAGCCCAGCUUCGCUCCCUCUCAGCUGUGAGAGCCAAGAUAUUCUUGUUACUUGGGCUUCAACGCUGAUAUCAUCACUUUAGGGGAUCCCUCCACACUGCCCUCUGGUCACAGCAGAUAUGUCAGUACCUUUACAUUCACUGCGAUUCAAUAAUAUGCGGAGGGAAGAAAAUGUUGACCUCCAAAGUGGGGGUAUGAGCUUCUCUAGACUGAUGACAGAGACCAGGGCAGAAGUGCAAAUUCCUCCUUCUCAUGCACAGUUGCCUACAACCUCAAAUUCAGCCUCAGACCCCGGAGGAACAACCACACAACUGAUGGCAUCCCCGGCCUUUGACACCAUAUCUGCAUCUAUGAUGGGAGUGGCAAACUCUGAAGCAGAGUCUCCACCACCCAUACCAGCGUCAGACUCUGGGACACUGUCCCCAUUGCUAAUGCCAGCCUCAGAUUCUGGAAUAUUGUCCCCACUGCUAAUGCCGGCCUCGGACCCUGGGACACUGUCCCCAUUGCUAAUGCCAGCUUCAGAUUCUGGAACAUUGUCCCCGUUGCUGUCCACCUCAGAGUAUGGGUUAAUGUCCCCAGGUAUGAUGACAAUGCCUGACUUUGGAACAAUGUCCACAGCACUACUGGCAGCAACAGAUUCUGCAGAGGAAUCACCAUUGGCAAUGCCAGCUGCGUCCUCUGGAGCGAUGUCUACACCUGCAAUGAGCACUUCAUCCUCCGAGGCCAUGUCUGCACCAUUAAUGCUGGCCCCAGAUCCUGGAGAGCUAUCCCCACUCCUCCUUCCAGAUAUAAACCCUGGAGAGAUGUCCAUACAGCCAAUGCCAGCUUCAGGCUCUGAAGCAAUGUCCCCAUUGCAAAUUACAGAUGAAGACACUGAGGCAAUGUCCAAAGUGCUGAUGACUGCCCUUGUCUCUGGAGAGAUCUCUUCCCUGCUCAUGUCAGGAACAGACAGUGAAGCGAUAUCCUCCCUGAUAAUGUCAGCCCUAGCUUCUGGAGAAACAUCAUCUCAGCCAGUGAGCAACCACGAUGCUGGGGGACUGUCUACCCAGCUCAUGCCAGGCCCAGACUCUGGAAUACUGUCCUCACUGCUAAUGUCAGCUCCAGACUCUGAAGCAAUGUCCUCGCCACUGCUGUCAGUUGCAGAGGGUGAAGAAAUGUCUAUGUUACCAAAGUCAGCCUCAGAUGCUGAAGCAGUGUCCCCGCUGUUGAUGAUGGCCCUAGCCUCUGGAGUGAUACCUAGCCAAAUGAUGCCAGUCCCGGGCUCUGGAGUGAUGUCUCCACAUUUACCACAGCAACCAGACACUGAAAUUGUGUCUACUCUACCAAUGAGCGCAACAGCAUCCGGGGUGAUGGCCAUACCACCAAUGAGAGCACCCGACUCUGCAGUAAUGUCUGCACCACUAAUGAGAACCCCAACAUCCAGAAAUAUGUCUACAUCACCAAAGACUGUCCUAACUUCUGGAACCAUGUCCACCCCACUGAUGACAGUCACAAGCUCUGCGACCAUGACCAUAGAACAAGUGCCAACCACAGCCUCUGGAGUGAUGUCCACACAGUUACCAAUGGCCCAAACUUCUGGAGCAAUUCCCACAGGCUUUAUGAAGGCCACAGCCAAAGGCGCAAAGUCUACACAGAGAAUGAGAGCUCCAACCUCUGGGAUGAUAUCCGCACCACCAAGGAGAGCCUCAGCUUCUGGAGUGAUGUCUGGGCAGCCAGUAACAGCCACAGCCUCUGAAACAAUGUCCAUGCCACAACUGACAGCCCCAGCUUCUGGCUCAAUCUCCACACUGCAAAUGAUAGGUCCUGUUUCUGGAUCAAUGUGCAUGUCACAAAUGAGGACCACAGUCUCAGGCUUGACAUCUACACCACAAAUGAAAGCCAUGGCAUCUGGGGCAAUAUCUACCCCGCUAAUGACAGCCAAAGCCUCAGGAUCAUCAUCCACACUGCUAAUGAGAGCUCCAGCCUCUGGAGCAUUAUCCAAGCCACUGAUGACACCCAAAGCCUCUGGAGCAAUGUUCAUGCAGCAACUGUCAACAGCGGCUUCUGGAGCAAUGUCCACAUCACUACUUGGAGCUCUAUCCCCACCCCAAAUGACAGACACAGCCUCUGGAGGGAUGCCAACACUGCUAAUGGGAGCCACUUCCUCAGAAGUGAUGUCCACAUCACAGAUGACAGGCACAGCCUUGGGGGCGAUGUCCAUGCCAGAAAUGAAAGCUCCAAGCCCUGGAGCAAUGACCACAUCACUAAAGAGGGCCCCAGCCUCUGGAAAGAUGUCAAGUCAGCCAGUAGGCACCCAAGACUCUGGAGGGAUGUCCACAUCACUUGCGAGACCCAUGAGCUCUGGAGGGAUGCCCAUGAGAGCCCCAGCUUCUGUUGUGAUGUCCACAUCAACAGUGAGAGCCCCAUCCUCUGGAGCAAUGUCCACAGUGCUAAUGAGAGCCUCAGACUCUGGAGAGUUGUCUGCACUGCUCACGAGAACUUCAACAUCGGGAGAGAUGUCCCUGGCACCAAUGAGGCCCUCAGUGUCCAGAGACAUAGCUACACCUCUGAGAUCCCCACCUUAUGGAGCAACAUAUGCUCCACAAAUGAUGGCGUCCCUGCCACAAAUGAAGGCUCCAGUCUCUGGAGCAAUGUCUGCACAGCUAAUGAGAUCCACAGCCUCUGGAACUCUGUCUGUGCCUCACAUGACCUCCAUGGCCUCUGGAGGGAUAACUGCACCACCCAUGAGAACCCCAGCCUCCAGAGGGGUGUCCACACCCAAACUGCUACCCAUAGCUUCGGGAGACACAUGCGUGCUCCCAGUGGCCACACCGCUAAGGAGACCCUCAGUUUCUGAAGCUAUGUCCAUGGAAUUAACAAGAGCUUCAGCCUCUGGAAGGAUGUCCACUGCACAGAUGACAGCCAUGGUCUCUGGGGGAGUGUCCCAGCCAUUAAUGAGGGCCACAGCCUCUGGAACAGCAUCCAUGCCUUUGAUGUCAGCCACAGCUUCUGGAGAGAUGUCUAUGUCGCUGAUGAAAACCAUGGCCUCUGGAGCAACAUCCACACCACAGACCAGAGCCCCAAGCUCUAGAUCUUUGUCCUUGCCGCAAACGACAUACAUAGCUUCUGGGGGAAUGGCCACACCACCAAUGACAGCCUUAGAUUCUGGAGAAAUGUCCACAGCUCUUUUGAGAGCCUCAGCUUCUGGAACCAUGUCCACACCACUACUGAGAACCUCUGCUCCUGUAGGGAUGCCCACGCUGCUCUCGAGGGCCCCAACCUCUGGAGCAAUGAGAACACCUCAAACAGCCUUAGGAAUGACGUCCACCUCCAAAACCAAAGCCGCAGACUCUGGAGAGGUCUUUACCCCUCACGUCAAUGUCACAGCCUCUGGAUCAGAGUCCAUGCCACACAUGACUGCCACAGCCCCUGAGGCAACAAAUGCACAACCCAAGGAAGUACCAUCCUUUGGAAUGCUGACUCCAGCACUCUGCUACCUCUUAGAAGAGCAGGAAGCAGCCCGAGGUUCAUGCUCCGAGGAGGAAGAGAUGGAGGUUGAUGAGGAGAAGCAAAUGAAGGGAUUUCUGGAUGAUUCGGAGAAAAUGGCGUUUCUGGUGUCUCUUCAUCUGGGGGCAGCAGAGAGAUGGUCCAUCUUGCAGAUGGAGGUAGGAAACCCCCUCUCAGAUGAGAGCCAAACUUUCCUCAGCAGGUCACAGGGUCUGUAUGACUCCCUAUCUGAGAUAGACAUCCUCAGUGCUGUCCUCUGCCAUCCCAAGCAGGGCCAGAAGUCAGUCAGGCAGUAUGCCACUGACUUCCUGCUGCUGGCCCGGCACUUAUCUUGGUCUGAUGCCAUUCUACGGACCAGGUUUCUGGAAGGCCUCUCGGAAGCUGUUACCACCAAAAUGGGUCGGAUCUUCCUGAAGGUGGCUGGCAGCCUAAAGGAGCUGAUAGACAGGUCUCUGUACACUGAGUGCCAGCUGGCUGAAGAGAAGGAUUCCCCGGGCAACUUGAGCCAGGUUCUGCCGACAGCCUGUAAGCGGAAUAAUGAGGAGGCCAUGGGGAAUGAACUGAGCGCUCAGCAGCAGACUGAAGAGCACCAGCAUGUUUCCAAACGCUGUUACUACCUGAAAGAGCAUGGUGAUCCUCAAGAGGGUCUUCAUGACCACCUUCGCCAGAGCACAGGCCAUCAGAAGGCCCCCACCAACAAGUAAUGCUCCCCGGACUCUUCGAUGAUAUCUGACUUGGCUGCUAACCUGAGGACUGUUUCCUGGACCCAUUUCAUUCAACUGCAUCCUAAGCCUUGUUGCCUUCAUCCACGAGUUCCAACUCCAGGCACAUCCCACCCUGUCUCCCACUUGGUCAACUUGACCUUCUUUACUCACCCACAUGCCUGUGACCUGCCUGGACAGUCAAAGUGUGGACUAUAAGAGCAUAUGGUAUGUGAGGUUCUGAGCACUCAUCACCAUCAAGGCCAUUCCUAGUUCUUGGUCCAGGGAGAAGUCCAGGCAGGAGAAAUCAUGUCCUACCUCAAAAACACUUUAGAGUAUCUUGCCAUGUGUCAUCAGGCAAACUUGAGGGGGCUCUGGCCCCAUUUCACCUGGAAGGACAGUCUAUAAGGUGAAUGAUCUCCAAUCCUAUACCACCCUUUUAACCCAGGGGAUUUGCCCUUACGUCCCACAUUGUAGCACCUAAAAUGGGUCUCUGGGGCCCUUGCCCAAUUUAUUGUCUCCAUCCCAAACCACUUGUUUUGACCCAUAAUAAUAAUGACACUAGUGAUAGUAAUGGCUAACAGUUAUUGAUAAUGUACCAUGUGACAGGUGCUGAACUUCUGAAAGCACCAUCUCACUACAUUCUAUCAGUAAUGCAACUUGUUCUUGUGUUGUCAGCUUCUGACUUCUUGAUCUACUGUUUAUGGCCGUUGUUCUUCAUUGUGGAAUCUUUAGAGCUGAUCUCUGGGUAAGCCCCUCUGUUGCUAAUUGCCUUCUCUUUGGCUGUUGUGCUUCAUGCCAGCACUCUUGACACAGGUCCUGAUCUCUAACCAGGUAUACUUAGUUAGAAGACAAUAUGAGCAGUGUUUGCCUUUGGGUGGUGGGGAUAUGGAUUUUUUUUUUAAAUUUUCUUUUUUCUACUUCUCUGUACUUUCCAGAUUCUCUAAACUAAGCAUGUAUUACAUUUGUUAUCAUAAAAGUAAAUAAAGUUCAU